UAGUGACAAUGCCAGUUCCUCGCGAGCGAGUUCGAGUCGAAGACGACUAUCGAGUGAGACGAGCUGCCAGCCCUGGCUCAUCGUGUAGUGCCUAGUGAAACGAGAUGACGGGCUCGCGGCUGCGACCCGCGUACUUCGUGGGCCUCUUCCUGGCCCUUCUAGCCAUCGCCUUACAGGGAGUGCAAAGCGAAGAAGAGCUAGAGGUGCCAUCGGAGGAUCUGUGCCGGCCGUAUAUUGAGAAGGCGUUGAAAGAUCUCGGUACAGGAUCUUUGGAGCAGACCAGUGCCGAGGCAGGGACCGACGCAGAUAAAGAGAGCCAAGAGGAAGAUGUGAAAGAUGCAAGCGAAGAAGAAGGGGAGCCAGCGACCGAUGCCUCGAAGGAAGAUAUAGAGACUGAAGAGGAAAAGCCGGCGGAAGCCGAUGAUGCAGAGAGCGCCGAACAGGCUGAGGAGGCUAAGACAUCGGAAGGGGCUGAGCAAGGAGAAGAACAAAGUGCCGAAGCCGAAGGAGGAGAAAGCGAACAGCCGGAAGAAAAAUCAGAAGAAGCGGACAAAGGAACAGAAGAAGAUAAAGAGUCCGUAGAACAGACAGAAGAGGGGGCUGCGGAUUCCGAGCAGGAGGAAGCAGAAAAAUCUGGUGAAGACGCGCAAAUAGAGGAAGGAAAGUCUGAAGAGGAAUCGCAAGAUGCUGGAAAAUCCGAGGAGGAGACAGAGACUGAUAAAUCUGGUGAGGAAGCGGAAGCUGGAAAAUCUGGCGAGGAAGCAGAUGCUGGAAAAUCUGACGACGAGGCAGAGGCUGACGAUGGAACAUCCGACGAAACGCAAGCCGAGGGAGAUUCGGCUGAGCAAGCGAAAACCGACGAGGAAAAAUCCGACGAAGAAGCCAAGACGGAAGAGGUGAAGUCCGAGGAGGCUGAAAGUGAAACAAUCGAUUCGAAACCGGAAGAAGAGACCGAUGAGGUGACAGAAGCUGCUUCUAAGGAAGAAGAAGAAGAAAAAGAGGCUAGCAAGGACGAGGAGGAUGGCCCAUCUGAAGACCAAACGGAGGAGGCAAAGGAAAGUAAAGAAGAUCAAGGCGAGAGCGAGGAAGCUCAAGUGACAGAAGAAGCCAAGGAAAGUGAAGAAACCACGAAAGGUGAAUCGAAGGAAGAGACAAAAUCCGCGGAAGACGAGGAAAAAUCCGCGGAGAAAGGGACCGAGGAGGAGAAAGAAGACGAAGAGGAGGGUAAAUCAACAGAAGAGGGAGAAAAAUCAGUAGAAGAGGGCAAAUCAGAAGAAGAAGCUGUGAAUCCGAAAUCUCGUACCAGAAGAGAAGUUAGCGAAGAAGGUGCUGGUGAGGGUGAAGGUGAAGAUGAAGGGUCAGAUGAACCAGGCCAGAGCGAGGAAGAGGAACCUACCCCCGAGGAAGACUUGAUCCAAGAAAUAGUGGUUCCAGAGAAUUUACGGCCACGGGAUCACAUUAACCACUUGUUGAAGCUAGACGAGGAAAAUGAAGAGAAGGAACGGGCUAUUGAGAAGAUCGCAGAUGUUAUAUUGAAGGAGCUGAAGAGGGUUUAUGACAAUGCUAUCCAGCCGUUGGAAUCUCUGUAUAAAUAUAGAGACCUCAGCAAUAGGCAUUUUGGUGAUCCCGAGAUAUUCUCCAAGCCGCUAGUUCUUUUCAUGGGUCCGUGGAGCGGUGGGAAAUCUUCCAUCAUAAACUACUUGCUUGACAUGGAGUACAAGCAGACAUCGUUGAGAACAGGUGGUUUGAGAGAAUGCUUUGAGGAGCAAUGCAAAACGCCAAAUGGAAAUGACACAGGAGCCGAGCCAUCACCUGCCUACUUCAAUAUUAUAAUGCACGGUGAGGAAGAGGAGAUACUCGAUGGUACGCAGCUAGCUGCCGAUUGGACUUUCUCCGGACUGCAAAAAUUCGGCCAGGGAAUGCUCGAUCGUCUCAAGGGCUUACGACAACCCAAUAAGUUGUUAGAAAAAGUGAAUAUCGUCGAGAUACCAGGAAUUUUAGAAAUUCGAAAACAGGUCCAACGUUUAUUCCCGUUCAACGACGCGUGUCAGUGGUUCAUCGAUCGCGCGGAUAUAAUAUUCCUGGUGUACGAUCCAUCCAAAUUAGACGUUGGACCAGAAACGGAAGCGAUUCUUGAUCAAUUGAAAGGAAGGGAGCACCAGACACGGAUCAUUCUUAACAAAGCUGAUCAAGUAAAACCAGAAGAGCUAAUGAGAGUGCAAGGCGCUCUGAUUUGGAACAUAUCCCCGCUAAUGUCCAGCGCCGAGCCACCGAUCAUGUACUCCACAUCGUUAUGGUCGUUACCGUACGAGGCUGGUGCACCGACCAGGCUACUGUAUGCCCAAGAACGUGCAUUCCUACGCGACUUGCGUACUGCCAUCGACAAACGAGUCGAGCAUAAGAUAGCGAGCGCCAGAAGAUUCGCCGUACGAGUGCGCAAUCAUGCUAAAAUGGUAGACUGUUACUUGACAACAUAUUACAAUCACAAGACGUUUUUCGGAAACAAAAAGGAGAUAAGCGACAAGAUUAUCGAGAAUCCUCAAGAUUACCACAUAUACGAGGGCUUGAGCACUCUGAAAAAUAUAUCGCGCUACGAUUUACCGGAUCCGGACGUUUACCGAGACUUCUUCCGGUUAAAUCCGCUAUACGACUUUCCGCUGCUGAGCUCCACGUGCACUUACUUCCGUGGAUGCCCGAUCAACAGACUCGAUGUCGCGAUCGCCUACGAUCUGCCGGAACUCGUGGGCAAAUACAAGAAAUCAGUGGAGCAGGUCAUACACGAGUACGAGACGAGUCCCCCUAGUUGAGUAUUCGAUCAGACAUUCUGAGACAAAGCUCUUGAUGCCGAGUACGGGGUGAGAGCGAAUUGUACAAAACACGAAGAGUAAUGAAGUGAGAAGGAGAACGCUAGUGUAAGUUCAUUGCGGUACAGAGAACUUUUCUUUCCCAGCUGAAAACAGAAACUACGUAGUAGAGUUGGAUCGCCGUUAGAAAUCCAACCGGAUAUUCGGACGAAGAGAAGGGUCUGCGAAAACCAAACAGAAACUCUCCUCAGAAAACUAUUAAUGCGCGACGACGUUUCAAAGGCGAGAAGAGACACAAGUAAGUAGGUACCUAUUCUCGGAGCGAAGAUAUGCUGUAGGUAAACAACGUUUUGGUGACACUACGAGGCAAACAAUUCGUCACCGAUGGUACGCUUGACUCGAGCUUAAGAAUAUUAGUGGGGACGAAUUGUGAGUUGGAAGGCAGGACGAGAGUUGCCAUUCCGACGAAAGAGGAAGGGUAGUGAGUUUUUUCCCUCGGAUGUGUUCCGGAAAACGUAUCAGAAAAAGACGAUGGGUCCUAUCGUCGGUCACACCGAUGCGAAACUACAGUGAACUCGCGCGAUAGACUUUUUUUUUGAAACUUAGUGUGUAAUGGUUGUGCUAAUUAUAGUACAACGCUGUGACGUGGUCAGACGUCGAAACGACACGCGUCGACGUAAAACAUAUUAUAAGUAUGUAAAAUAAAAUACAUAAAAAUGUUUCCAUUGAGAAAGAGAUAGGAAUGAUCUCUUUUUGAGGCUUUUUUGUGAAAUACCUUGUAUAAACGAAUUGUGUUCUUAUUAAAAGUAAUGAAUAUUUAUUUAAAAAGAGAGAAUCAUUAGUCAGUCAUAUGAUAAUAACUCCCUAUGUUGAUACGGCGAAUAAUAUGGUAAACGACAUUUGAAAUGUAAAUGAUUAUAUUGUUUGUUUUAGUAAAAAAUUUGAUUUUUAAUGUACCCUGUAUAUGUUAAAUGCCUCAUAUGAAUCAUUAAUCGUUUUCA